AAAGCACAAGCAAAGGCAAAAAUGGAGGGCGUCCCUCCUGGUUACCGUCUCAACGUUGGCAUUUGCCUCAUCAACUCCAAUAACCAAAAUUUUCUGGUAGUGAUUCUUCUGUGGGAAUUGUGUGAAGAGCCCAAAUCUGCAGCCAUUAGAGAAUUGCGAGAAGAAACUGGAAUAGUGUCUGCUGAAAUUAUUGCUGAGGUUCCAAACUGGUUGACUUAUGACUUCCCUCCAGCUGUGAAGGCCAAAGUCAAUCGUCCCUGGCGAGGUGAAUUUCAUGGGCAGGUACAAAAAUGGUUCCUUAUGAAACUAACAAAAGAUGAGAGUGAGAUCAACCUAGCUAGUGGUGAAGCAAAACCAGAGUUUGCUGAGUGGAAAUGGGCAAGCCCGGAAGAAGUUAUCGAGCAGGUCGUGGACUACAAAAGGCCAACGUAUGAGGACUUAGUAACAGAUGUUUGGAUCUUUGAUUCAAUUCAUUUUUUUUUCUUUUGUUACCAAACCCAGUGGUCCAGAUUUUUGUUUCUCCCACCAAAUGACAAAUGGUAG